AUUUACGAGUACAUUAUACGUUGGCAAUUGUUAUCUUGGGUUUUAAAUUUCAAUAUGGAUCAAACAAAAAUGUACAAUGACAGCUCGUCGAGCCCUUUCAUUGAUCAAAUUUUACUUGAUAAAUGUUUGUGGAUUAUUCCACUGGAAACUUGUACGUCGUUUAUAUAUUUGGUUUAUAUUGGGUACAACAUAAUCAGCUUCAUGAUGACCUUUGUAUUCGCUUUAAGAACGGGAGCUUUAAAAAAACUAUCUAAUCCAUUUGUGAUGGAAGAACUAUCAGAGUAUUUAUUGAUGGCGAUUGUUGGUUUGCUUGCUUACACUGCCAUCAAUGAUAACAGCUCCGAGCGCUAUAAGAUUUGCACUUCAAUAGUGACAUUUCGGGGCAUAUCUUUUAUGGUAUUAGUGGCGACUUCUGCACUACAUUGUACGUCUAUCGUCGGAGUUGUCGGAGUUAUCUUCUUCAUUGCUGCAAAACUCUAUAUACUUUUGGUGCUUUGGAGCUACUGCAGAGUUCUGGAUGGCAUUGGCGGUUAAAAAAUCAUCUUGUGUUUCUUCCAUUUUAUAGAAACAGAAGAUCGUCAUAUUUCGUGUUUGUUUUUGAAAUUAAAUAACA